CCGUCUGACCCACUUAUAAAUAGCCCUCACCUCUCCAUGACUAGUAUCGCCUCAUCCCGCUCUCGAGUAAUACACGUUCUCUGCACUCCUCUCGUGCCAGAAUGGCUGCGAGCAUCCUGUCCCACGUUGUCUCUGACCUCUGCAUCGGCAAGCCGGCGGUGCGUGUGCUGCCGCCGUCGACUCCCAUCGCGGCGGCCCUCGCCACGCUCCGCGCCGGUGCCGACCCAUUCGUUUUCGUGGACGCUGCACCCCCGGACGCGAAGAAGACGGCCGCGUUGUCCGUCGUCAAGGUCAGCGUCGCGGAGAUCCUGUGCUACGUCUGCGGCAACCUCGGCGACCCCGCGGCCGCGCUAGGCCGGCCCGUGUCCGUGCUCACGGCCGUGGUGGGCGAUCACGGCGUCACUCGCCGAGUGGAUCCACAGACGAGCCUGCUCGACGCCAUCGACGCGCUGCUGGCCAACAACUCGCACAGCCUGGUCGUCCCGCUCCACGCCCGGGCCCGAAAGAAGCACCAGCACGCCUCCGCCGGCUACUGCGUGCUGACGCAGCAAGACAUCGUCCGCCACCUCUUCGGCUCCAUCUCCCUCUUCUCCCCGGUCGCCGCGCUCUCCGUGUCCUCCCUCGGCCUCGUGCGCCGGGACGACGUGCACGCCGUCCACGUCGACGACGACGCGCUCGACGCCAUCCCUCUCCUGCGGAGGUCCAUCGGGCAAGGCACCGCCGUGGCCGUCGUCGCGGACGACGACGCGCUCGUCGGAGAGAUCUGCCCGGGCGUGCUCGGCUCCUGCGACGACGUCGAGUCCGUGUCCGCCGCCUUCGCCGCGCUCUCCGCCGGCGACGCCAUGACGUACAUCGACUGCUACUUCUCGCCGCCCGAGUUCCUGCUCCGCUCCAUCAGAGCCGAGCUCACGGACAAAGGGCUUCAUGCCAUGUGCGACCUCAUGGAUGCCGCCUACACAACGGACGUUGCAGCUCUGUCCUCGUCAUCAACGUCAUCUGACGAGGAGUGUUUGCCAUUGGCGCCUGCCAGGCGCGCGAGGAAGAUGUCGUCGGGAAGCUUCCGGUGGCGGUCGACGGAGGACGUGGCGGCGUGUCAUGCUGAGAGUUCGCUGGUCGCCGUCAUGGCCCAAGCGCUCGCGCACCGAGUAGGGCAUGUUUGGGUCGUCGAUGAGGUCAGCGGCGUUCUAGUCGGAGUCGUCAGCUGCGCCGAUGUGCUUACUGUGCUCCGGGACCAUCUCCGUCUAGAGUGCCAUGCAGAUGAUCUGUGAUCAAUCGCUAUAGCCUGCAGAUGCGUAAGCAUAGCUAGAGCUCGGCGAUUUCCCGUCCUGCCGCCCUGCUACGACGGUUGGAGACCUGCUGCUUUUUUUUUGUUAAGGAUCGGUCCAGCUUUUUUUUAGAACAUGUUGGUUCCAGUUUUUUUAGGGGUAGCCAAGUUUUAUAUUCAUCAUAGAAUACAUCUCGGAUCAUGGGGUUGAUCAAGCCACAUAUGACGCCCUUGACCUAAAGAUCGACUAUGAGCUUUGCUAUGCGAAUCUCGACUUUCAAACAUAGAAUGACAAGUAAAACUAAUAGCCCUCUGAAGAAUCUCACUAACAAUAGUACCGUAUCUCCCGCGAUUGCCCUUGUCAAUGUCUCCCACCACCUGUUUGGAGUCCGAGGCCACCACAAAAUUUUGCAUGAGCAAAUCUGCUGCCAGCGCUAACCCUUCCCUGCACGCAAUAGCCUCUAGAGUCAUCGGGUCUUGGAGUCCAGGCACAACCAAUACCGAGCUUCCCAUAUAAUU